AUGGCUUUCACUCUAAAAAUUCGAUAUUUUCCACCAGCCAUUGUAGUGAUAACAGCAGUGUGUUUAUUAUUUUGUAUAGUGUUGAGCUUGCUUACGGCAUCAGAAGAUGUUUCCAAACAUUUACCUGCUCUUUCCGAAACUGGAAUUUAUCCUCCAACAAAAUAUAUAUUUACAGCAUGUUUAGUUCUGCCAUCAUUGUGUUUAUUGAUUGCCUCUUUUUUACAAUACUUUACGAUGAAAGAAAAAUUAUUAUCCAUUGAACAUCAACGUCACACUACUGUUUAUUGUGGAGGAUAUUUCAGAAUGAGUUGGUUGAGUGUGGCUUCAUGCAUAUUUUCUCUAAUUGCAGGUAUUUGCUUACUUGGAUUGGCAAUUGUUCCAAUUAAGAAGGGAGAAAUUGUUAACAUUCUUAAAAGCAACACGACAUCGUUAUCAUUGGACUCGGAUUUUCAUGAUCUAUGGAGCUAUGAAAAUAGAGCAGCGGUUGCUAUUCCAAUUUUUACAAGAUUACAAAACAGUCAGUUAUCGAUAUCACUGCCUAAUAGUAUUUCUCAAAAUGCUGAUUCGUCAGCUGAAAUGACAAUUGAUGCCAUCACUGUUGUUCAUUUGACGUUCACUUUUCUAUUUAUGACUACCACAUUUAUUCACAUGAUUUUAUCAACGAUUUUGCAUGUGAUGUACGACAAGAAAAUUUCUGCCAAUAAGAGAAAACUCCAUCCAUGGAUUAUUGUCAAAAUUUGUUGCAUUGUUUCCUUCCUUUUAAUGUGGCCGACAAGCUCCAUCAUUAUAGGACUUUUUAUUUCAAUAUUUUGUGACAUGCCUCAAAUUCUCGCAGGAAAAUGUGGUCUCUAUCACAUUGUUGAACUGUUUUUAGGAGCAUUGAUUCAAUAUGGAAUUGUCUCUUCCAUUCUAGUGUUCAUGCUCACCUACACACAUGAUCUCAAAGACACUACGUUAUCCAUUGGUGUAAAUACUCCAAGCUCAGACAUUAAUGCUCGCCUCAAUGGUCUAUCUCUCGAAAGAGAUUUUGAAUUGGAUGAUGAUGAUUUAGAAGAUGGUCAUCAUCAUGAUGGUGAUGUUGAAGCAACGUUAAAGAUGCAGGAUGAGGACGAAGAGAAAUAA